CCCUCCAGAGUGUCGGCUAGUUAUUUGCGGGGAGGCGCUGGAGCCAUUUCGCCACAUGAAAGCCCGACGCGCCGAGCCACCGACACCCGAGUCGCUCGCGGAGAAGAGAAAUCCGCUUUUGAGGAGCUCUGCGCGCGCGCGCGCGCACACGCACGCGAGCUCGCGCGCAAAGACGCACGGCGCGCAUUACACGUAUUACGCUUCCUCCUCCUCCACUGUGGAAAAUUAGAAAAAAAGGAACUCGAAACGCAAACUUCAACUCUCCCAUGUGGAAGGCAGGGGUUUGAGGAUAAGGUACAUAUAUUUUUCCUCUCCCGGGCUCCGUCCCCCCUCCCUCUCUCCCUCUCUCUCUGCCUCGCGUCUUUAUCGGUUUUCCGCCGGAUAGCUGUGCUUCUAUGAGAGUGCGGCUCGGAGAGAAGAGAAGUUUGGUUGUUUGUCUGGCCGGCUGAGGAGGAGGAGGAGGAGGAGGAGAAGGAGCGAGGGGGGGGAGAAGACGAAGAAGAAGAAGAAGAGGAAGAGUCGGGUUGAAAGUGGGUGAAGAUGGUCCGUAACGCGGCGUGGAGGAGAAGCUCGCUGUGCGUCCUGGCGCUGUGUCUCAGCGUCGCGUCGCCGCCGUGUAGCGCUCGGAUUUACACCAACCACUGGGCGGUGAGGAUAGCCGGCGGAGCCGAUGUGGCCGAGCGGAUAGCGGAUAAAUACGGCUAUAGGAACAUGGGACAGAUUGGGGAUCUCAAAGACCACUAUCACUUCUUCCAUAGCCGGACCAUCAAGAGGUCGACUUUGUCAAGCCACGGUCGCCAUAGCUUUAUCUCCAUGGAGCCCAAGGUGGAGUGGAUUCAGCAGCAGGUGGUGAAGAGGAGGAUCAAGAGGGAUUACAAGGCAGACCCGCCCCUUUCUCUGACUAGCCCCGCCCACAGCUACCCGGCCCAGAACAACAUAUUCUAUAACGACGCCAAGUGGAGCAGCAUGUGGUACAUUCACUGUAACGACGAUGUCCAUAACUGUCAGUCGGACAUGAACAUCCUGGGGGCGUGGAAGAGGGGCUACACGGGUAAAGACGUGGUGGUAACCAUACUAGAUGACGGCAUCGAGAGGAACCACCCGGACCUCUUUCAGAACUACGACCCUCAGGCCAGCUUUGACGUCAACGGUAACGAUAUGGAUCCCAUGCCCCGAUAUGACGCAACCAACGAGAACAAACACGGGACGCGGUGUGCAGGCGAAGUGGCUGCAGCCGCAAAUAACUCCCACUGCAUUGUGGGGAUUGCGUACAAUGCAAAAAUAGGAGGUGUGCGAAUGCUGGAUGGGGAUGUAACGGAUAUGGUCGAGGCAAAGUCUCUGAGCCUCCAGCCCCAGCACAUUGACAUCUACAGCGCCAGCUGGGGACCCGAUGAUGACGGAAAGACUGUGGAUGGACCAGCAUCUCUGGCCAGGCAGGCCUUCGAGAAUGGCAUCCGCAUGGGGAGAAAGGGUCGCGGCUCCAUUUUCGUGUGGGCCUCGGGAAACGGCGGCCGCAGCAGAGACCACUGCUCCUGCGACGGAUACACCAACUCCAUCUACACCAUCUCCAUCUCCAGCACGGCGGAGAGCGGACGCAAGCCGUGGUACCUGGAAGAAUGCUCGUCCACUCUGACCACAACCUACAGCAGCGGGGAGAACUACGACCGAAAGAUUAUCACAACGGACCUGAGACAUCGGUGUACAGACAGUCAUACAGGGACAUCGGCCUCGGCUCCCAUGGCUGCUGCCAUUGUUGCUCUGGCCCUGGAGGCAAAUCCUCUUCUAUCAUGGAGAGAUGUUCAGCACAUAAUUGUAAAGACCUCAAGAGCCGGACAUCUCAGCGCCCCUGAUUGGAAGACCAAUGCUGCUGGUUACAAUGUCAGCCACCUUUACGGCUUUGGUCUGAUGGAUGCCGAGGCGAUGGUGAAGGAGGCGGAGCGAUGGAAGCAAGUCCCCACUCAGCACGUCUGUGUGGAGAGCGCGGACCGACAAAUAAGAACUAUCCGUCCGGAGCAUGUGGUCCGGUCGGUGUACAAGGCAACGGGAUGCACUGACAACCCCAACCACCACGUGAUCUACCUGGAACACGUGGUCGUACGUAUUACAAUCACACACCCUCGCCGGGGGGACCUGUCAAUCAAUCUGACCUCACCCUCAGGGACCAAGUCUCAGCUUCUUGCCAACAGGUUGUUUGAUCACUCCAUGGAGGGUUUUAAGAACUGGGAGUUUAUGACCACCCACUGCUGGGGAGAGAAGGCAGCAGGCGACUGGGUCCUAGAGAUCUAUGAUUCACCUUCUCAACUCCGCAGCCAGAAAGUACCCGGGAAGCUGAAAGAAUGGUCCCUGGUGACCUAUGGCACCUCGCUGCACCCUUACUCAUCUCUGCGCAGCGAGAAGCCCCGCUCCACCGACGAGGAGUUCACCGAGGAGUACAACGGCCCCUGUGACUCGGAGUGCAAUGAGAACGGCUGUGAAGGUCCUGGACCCCAUCACUGCAUCAACUGCCUCCACUACUUCCUCAAGUUCAAGAACAACACCAGGAUGUGUGUGUCGGAGUGCCCCAGUGGCUUUUUCCGUGAUGAUAGGAAGCGCUGUAAAAAGUGCUCCUCGUUAUGUGAUACCUGCGUUGGUAGCCGUAGCGACCAGUGCACCACAUGCAGGACUGGUUUCCACCUCAACGAGGGCGCCAACACAUGUGGCGCCAACUGUGGGGACGGCUUCUACCUCGACAAUGAUUCCAACAUUUGCCGGAGAUGUCCAGAGAACUGCAAGAAGUGCACCACCUCCAACAUCUGCACAGAAUGUAAACCUGGGAUGAGUCUUCAAGGAAACAAGUGUCAGAUGACCUGUGACCCAGGGACUUAUUACAACGGCCACAGGAGGAACUGUGAGCCGUGUCAUCGGGCUUGUGCCACCUGCGCAGGCAUAGGUAUAGAGGCUUGCACAAAGUGUGCCGACGGCUACUUGCUUGAGGACUGGCGGUGUGUGUUAACGUGCAGCACUGGCUACUACCUGUCAGAGCAGACCUCAGACAACGGGCAGGUGCAGAGGUCCUGUAAGAAGUGUGACCAUAGCUGCUACGAGUGCUCGGGGCCCGGUGAAAGGAACUGCAGCAGCUGUGUCAGUGGUUACAAUCUGGAGGCAGGAGCCUGUGUGGUCAGCACCAUCUGCAAAGAUGGCGAGUACAUGAGUCGUAAUGGAAGGUGCCACCUGUGUGACGUUACCUGCCUACAGUGCUCCGGUCCAAACAGCGAGGACUGCACCAGCUGCCCUCCUACACGGUUCUUUGAUGAUGGCCGCUGUGACAUCCGCUGCCAGAAGGGGCGUUAUGCUUUGGGGAGCCAAUGCCAUCUCUGCCACCACACCUGCCACGAGUGUGCCGACGAGGGACCGGACAACUGCACCAGCUGUGACAAAGAUAGGUUUGAGGUCACCAGGUACCUCUUUAAGAGCCAGUGUCGGGAUGUCUGUCCAGAAGGGUUCUUCCACUCUUCAAGAAGACGGUGUGAACCCUGUGCUGAAAACUGCCUCAUGUGUUCAUCGGAGGAUCACUGUCUCCACUGCAGCCAAGGACACAAGCUCAGAAAUGCCCAGUGUGUCCCGAUGGAGUGCAGCACAGGUGAGGUUGCAGAUGCAUUGAAAGAGGACUGUGUCCCCUGUGACGAGGGAUGUAAGCAAUGUAAACGCAAGGAUUCAGGUGAACAGGAAUCUGUUUGUCUCAAAUGUGAAGACGGAUAUUACCAGUUAGACACAGACUGCCAUCAGUCCUGUCCAGAUCGGACGUACAGUAGGAACGACACCAUGCUGUGCGCUCCGUGUGAACAACGAUGCGUAAUCUGCGACCAGUCCCAGUGCUACUGGUGUGAAGAGGGAUUCUACGUCUCUGGCGGCACGUGUGUGGAUCACUGUGAGGACGGUUCCUUUGUGGAUGAUGAGAGCCGGGAGUGUGAGCUGUGUCAUCGCACCUGUCUUACCUGCGGAGGGCCACAAUAUGACGACUGUGACUCCUGCGAGGACGGAUUCACACUGAAGAGCGGGGAGUGUUCGAGCGACAGAGACCUUACACCCUGCCCUGCGACGCACUUCAGGAACGAUGAGGGUGAAUGUGAGUCGUGCCACUCCACCUGCGAGACUUGCUCUGCUGCAGGGCAGAAGGAAUGCAACAGCUGUGAUUCUGGUCGAUUUUUGACUGCCCAUCAGACCUGCUUGUCCCGUUGUCCAUCUGGUACUUUUGCCAACAAGACGUCCAGCCGGUGUGACGACUGCUCGACAGGGUGCGUCACGUGCGAGGACGCCCAGCGGUGCCAGCGCUGUCGCGCCGGGCUUAACCUCCACGGCGGGGUGUGUGUGGUGGAUUGUCCGAGAGGGUUUCCUGAGAGUGGCGUGUGCCAGCCGUGCGACCCGGGCUGUGCCUCCUGCCAAGGAAACUCCUCUCACUGUCUGAGCUGUGAGAAACAGUACUUGCUUCUGGACCACUCCUGCAGGUCUCACUGUCCAAAGGGCUAUUACGCCAGCGAGACGCAGUGCCUUCGCUGCCCGGCUCACUGCGGAGAAUGCGAUCAAGGUGGCCUGUGUAAGAAGUGUGCUCAGUACUACUUCCUACAUGAGGGUCAGUGCGUGGGUGAUUGUCCUGAUGGCUACUAUGCCGAGCCACAGGAGUGCGUGCGCUGCCAUGCGGAUUGUGCCUCUUGUGACGGACCGAGCUUUGACGACUGCGCUGUGUGUCACAACCCGAAAGCCGUCCGGUACAAUGGAGAGUGUCUGGCUAAGUGUCCCAACAGCACUUACUACGACGCCACUGCUAAUGAAUGCAGAGAUUGCGACAGAUCAUGCCUGACCUGCUCGGGACACGAGCCCUCGUCGUGCCUCAGUUGCGACGCCAAAAGGCGUAAAGACAGCGGUGGACACUGUGUUUGGUUCAUUCAGUGCUCUUUGGGCUCAUACAUGGACCACAAUGGGCAGUGCCAGCAGUGUCACCAACUCUGCCAUCGCUGUUCUGGGCCGAGCAAAGACCACUGCCUCAGCUGCAAGGAACCAAACUUCCUACACAACAGCACAUGCGUGCAGGAGUGUCCUGUGGGUUACUAUGCCGGGGACAAAGACGAACGCGCGUGCGAGCGCUGUCACUUCAGCUGUAAGUCAUGUGCCGGUCGUCACAGUUUGCAGUGUGUCGACUGUAAGUCUGGAUUCUUCAAGCAGGGAAGCAGCUGCGUCGAAACCUGUUCAGAGAGUCACUUUGGCAACACCAACACCAUGGUUUGUGAGCGAUGCGACCCCGCUUGUAGCCGGUGCUGGGGUCCUGGUAACAAAAACUGCCUGAGCUGUCGGGCGGGUUACGUCUACCUGGGGCAGAGGGGACAGUGCCUGCAGAGCUGCCCUCCGAGCUUCUACCUGCACAGCCGGACCAAGACCUGCCGCAAGUGUCACCCGACCUGCCAAACCUGCAGCGAUGGGGGCGCCCUGGCCUGUCAGUCCUGUUAUGGAGGCUACACUCUUAAGGGAGGCAUCUGUGUAUCCCGUUGUCUCGUAGGCCAAUACGCUGCUUCACAGGGCUCUGAGUCCGAUAGUGAUGAGCCAAACUGCGCGCCAUGUGACCCGUCCUGCUUUGACUGCCGCGGACCCGGCAUGUGGAGCUGCACGUUGUGCCCGGCACUCCUGAUCCUGUCUGAAGGCCGCUGCUUGUCCUGCUGUGGAAAUGAGACACGGCACGAUGACGCACCGAUACCCAGGGAGUGCUGUGACUGCAAGGCCUCACGGGAGGAAUGCAUCCUGGGUGUGAACUUUGUGAUGAGAGAUGCUGGGGACUUAGAGGCUCAAGGUGGCAGCCCUAAACUCUUUGUCCUUGCCUGUGUUCUCCUCGUCGUCUUCGUGGGCGGUGGGGUCUUCCUCUUCCUCACUGCUCGAUCCAAAUCUCUUGUCAUCGCACCCAAAACCAAAGCGGGAGGUUACGAGAAACUGGGCACCACUGAGGGCACCGCGUCACAACCCACCGCCUCCACAAGCGGGGAGUACUGCGACCGCGUCAUUGCAUGUGAGGAUGAUGAGGAAGAUGACGAGGAUGAGGACAUUGUGUACAUGGGACAAGAUGGGACAGUGUAUCGGAAGUUUAAGUACGGACUCUUGGAUGAGGACGAGAUUGAGCUAGAAUACGAUGACGAGAGCUACUCAUACAACUGAAAAGGAAGCCGCGGAUGGAGAGAAUUGGUUCCGCCUAACGUAUCGAAGGAGACUAAACUAAGCACUAAGUUUUUCCUCCCCUCCCCUCCGAUACUUAAUGUUAAUUUUAUGCUUUUUGAACAGUUGGAUCUUAGAUCAUGUGGGUACAGUCAUUGGUGAAGCAGGACCACAUUUUGGCGUCAAUGUUUUUCAAUGCUAAUACAUUUCAGUCACACUGCCCAGCUACCAAUGAAUAUGUCAAAAUGUUGUGGCUGCAACGGAAAAUCAAACACAUGUGACUGCUGGGUCGACUUGGAUACCGACUUACUACUGGUCUAGUCUCAACAUCCAUCGUUUUGGUUAAGUGUGGGAUUAUAUAACCUAUUCCUGUGAUUGACAUGAAGUUGCAUGUGUGCUGAAAUGUUUAUGUGUUGGUUUCCAUUUUAUUAGAAAUUUAAUUGAUUAAUAGUUAAUGAAUUAAUUGGCACAUUCAAUUAUGUGAUAGACAUUAUCCACUGAUAUUGUGGACUACUGCAAAAACAGUACUACAGUCCUACUACGUUCAUGGUAGUGAAAAUGUACACGGUGAAAUAUCUAUCUAUGAUGUUUCAACACAGUGGCACAUUAAUAACUUCCUUUUAAUUGCAAAUUGUAUUUUGUUAUUACAACCCAGUUAACUCCACAUUUGAACAUUAUGCGAAUGUUAUACUUUACCUUUCUGCAUCCUCUGUUUAAAUUGUAAUCUGGACUUUGUACCGCAAUGCAGGAGUCACCAGAAGAGUCCUAGCAAACAUUGCACUGAAGUACAAUUGGCACCUUAUGCAAAUAUAUACCUAAUUUUGCAGGGGACUUUAAGUUCUCCUCCAAUUUUUACAUGAGCAUCUUUUUGCUGUAUGUAAUGCGUAACUAGCACUUUUAAAUCCUUCUUGGAUCUACGCUGACCAAUGCAGCUGUGAUGUCAUUUGCUGGUUCCUCAUUUGUCACAGACGGAUGUCAAAAUAUCCGUGUUUAGUACUAGUUAGUACUUAUACGUAUUCUUAGUUUAGUAUUCUCACACAACGGAAGCCCCUGGAGAGAUACAUCUGAACUUUUUUUCUAAGGGACAGCUUUUGAGCUUCCAAGUUGUUCUAAAUACUUGGUUAAGCACUGACGUCAUCAGGCUCACCUAUCAACUCAUCGGUCAUCUCACUCAGCAACGUCAAGUUGUCUUUUGAUAAUUGACUUUACAGCGAUUACCCAGCAAACAGGUCCAGUCCAGCCUCUUAUCUAAUUCUAGACUUAGAAAAAAAACCCUAACAUUUAGUUCCUUAACUGCAGAGAAGAGGAUGACUGACUUCUGAGUGAGUGGCACAACAGUAGUGAAGACAUUGCUCAGAAGAGUUGCACAGACGAAUGUGUUUCAGCCACGUCGGAACCCCCCCCCACCUCCUCGCUAAACCUCCUAAAUCCAGUUUCAUUCUUGUCUUUUUUUUAAUCGUAGCACGUUUUAGUGAGGCGAAUAAUCCGUGAGCUGCAGAUAUUUGAUUGGUGCUGCUCAGCUCGCCUCUAUUGAAGAACACAGGACCGUCUCUUACGUUUGUCCCUCUGUUGGCCAUGAACUUUCCUUCCUGUCUCUUCUGUACACACGCGCUUCACACACAAACCCUGAAUCUGCUUCAACAGUGACUUUGGGACACGUGGACUAUUGACCCAUGUACGCGUGAUAUCUAAUCUACGUCAGAAUAAUUAAGGGGGCGUUGACUUUGUUUUGAUUAAAUGGGUGUGUAUGGGAAUGGUUUUGAGAAUUAGAUUUACUUUGGCCCUGAAUUUUGAAUUUAUUGUUUUUGAAUGAGAAUAAAACUAUCAGAUUUCACCUGGUUCUUCCUCAUUAGGUUAAUAAAUCAAGAUACCAAAUAUAGGACAAUGGCUUAAGAA